AUGAAGGAUUUGAACAAGGAUCUUUCACGUAAACUUGAGACUCAAACUCAAAGAUUGGAGCUCUUGGCUGCUCAAAGCAUGGCCACCGAGAACAUCACAUCUAGAUUACCCGAGCCCCGUAGCAUGCAAGAGAAUCUUGCAUACGCUAACGAAGGAGACGAGGUUGUUGAAAGAGUAUUGGGGUGGAUUAUGAAGCUCUUCCCUGGAGGGCCAUCGAAAAGAAGAACCAACAAGUUGCUUUGACGACAGUCGGUUGACAAUGGAUGUUGCUGGAUUUGACUGUUGUUUCCAUUCUUAGACACCCUACGCCUUUUAAUCGUAGCACCAUAGAGAUCGUAAUUUGUAUAUUGUCAAGAGUCGAUGUUAUACCCCGUCAAUUCUUUUGUAAGUGAUGAGAAAAUGAGGUUUCCGCAAUUUUUUGAUAGAGUGAUGGAUAUGUCAAAUGAGUCAAGGCUCUGUGUUGUCCUGUGUCAAGUGUAUUGCACAUUGGUGAACAAUCCAUGCAACUGUGGAACAUUGGUUGGUUAGUGACAAAAUAUGAGUUUAUAUGGGAUAUUGGAAUUUGACACUAAUAACAGUUGCACCAUCUAUAGUCUAUACUUGCUGGUUGUAUUC